GGGCCCCGCAGCCAGCCAGAGCCCCCCUUGCUGCUGCUCAAGUGAUAUGCUAGAGAGUCAUUAGAAGAACCCUUUUGGCCCCCAGGGAUGGACCCAAAGCCGCCGGGACGAUCGUCGUCCUGGUCGACCAUAUCUCCUUCCUCGGACUUCUACUAUCGUCCGUCUGGUGAGAUUCUGUCAGGAUCAUACCGUAUCGUGCAAGUACUACCUGGCAGAUAUGAGGAUCCUGUACAUUGUCGCCUACAAGAGGUCCACCUUCGAGACAGCAAUGUGCAAUUCGUGGCGCUGUCGUACUGUUGGAACAAUGGAAAUGCUGCAGAUACCAUCUAUUGCGACGAUCGUGCCAUGACGAUCACCCCCAAUUUGUUUGCGGCUUUGCGCAAUGCGAGAGCGACUAAUUCGACCGUCAACCUUUGGAUAGAUCAAUUGUGUAUCGACCAGAAAAACAUUAUCGACAGGAAUGAGCAAGUUAGUAAGAUGGGUGCCAUUUAUCGAGCUGCGAUGUUCGUUGUCGUAUGGCUGGGAGAGGAGGGCAUCGGAACCAAUGAUGCAAUGGACCUGCCCAAAAGAAUCGCCCGUUACUGGCCGAGGCUCUUUAAGCACCCUCACGAAUUGUUGGAUCCAGAAAAAACUCCGCGAGAAAUCCCAAAAUGGGGCGAGCAUCCGUGGCCGGCUUUCAUUGCACUCCUGACUCGGCCUUGGUUUCGAAGACUUUGGAUUAUCCAAGAGGUCGCAUGUGCGAAAAGCGUUUUGGUAACCUGCGGGAAGGCCACGUCUUAUUGGGAUGAUUUCGUAGGACUGGUGCAAGUUGUGGAGACGGUUCAUCAAUCCAUCACCAAACCGAGUCACAUGUUGGGUUUGAAGAAGACGAUUCAUUACAUCACCUUCAUGCAGGAAUUGAGAACGAUCACAGAAUCAGGGACUAAACAAGCAGUCAAAGAUUAUGCCAGUGAAGAGUCCAUGGCACCAUACGUGCUGACGAUGGCCAAGGAUUGCGAGGCUACCGACCAUCGUGACAAGCUAUUCGCCUUUCACCAUCUCGUACGGCUGUGGAACCGUCCAGAUUAUGCUAUGGAAAUCGACAUGUUGUACAAACUUUUCGCAGGGCAAUAUCUCCAACGCAUCGCCUACGCCAUCUCGGAGUUCAGCUGCGACGAGAAAUCCUUGUCCAGACGACAACUGGAAAUCCUCUAUUCCGCAGGCACCUGCAACCAGUCGAUCAGAUUACCCUCUUGGGUGCCUGAUUGGAGUCUUCCAUGGCAGGCUCGACCAUUGUGGCUUGGGUCCAAAUCAUAUUGCGCUGGAGGAACAGAGGUGAAGGAGUUCGCCCCAACAGCAGAGGUCGACCAAUCCGGUGACCCAAACUUCCGCUUGCCGUUAACAGUCAAGCUGUUUGACAAAAUUCUCGGCGCAGGGAGUCAGACCUUGACAUUGGCAAUUGGUCAUCGCCGAGCAUUACCUGAUGCCCUCCGAAAUUGGAUCUUCGAAGCGCGCGGUCUUGUUCAUCGUCGUCGUGGCGCACAAAGCCCAUAUCAAGAUCAACACGAGGCCAUGGCACGAAUCACGUCGGCAGACCAGGACACCAACGGCGUCCGAUUAUCCCGCGAGGAUGCGAUCAAACAAUACGAUGCGCUGCUGGAAUCCCUCCGCGAGACCGACGAGGACGAACAGCCCUCGCGACAUUCAACCUCGGCCGCAAUCGAGCAAGCCGCAGUCUCUUCCUACGCCGCGAGCUUUGUGCGCGGCAGAGUCUUCUUCCUGACCGAGAAGGGACAUUUCGGCAUCGCACAGGCAGGCAUCACGGCAGGCGACUGUGUCGCCAUUAUCAAAGGUGGAGCCGUCCCGGUGGUUUUGCAUCCACAAGGAACGGCAUGGCAGCUUCGCUGCGAAACGUUUGUGCUGGGGAUAAUGAAUGGCGAGGCAUGGAAUGACGCGAGCAUACCUGCUCAACAGAUUGAGGUAGUUUGACGUGCGCCGAGGCUUUCUCCAUCUCAUCAAUAAUCGGUGUGUUGCGUCGUGCCUUUCGGGCGUACUCGCCCGUGCAAGGCCCGCCUGGGGCACGGAUUGGUCUCGGCGCAAGCCUGUGAUGAACUGCACGACACCUGCAUGCGACUUCGUAGAUGCGCGUACACAUGCCCCAAUGCAACGCGUGAGAAAAAAAAUCCUCCCAAUCACAAUUGCUU